AUGAAGAAAUUCACAGCUUUCAUGGCUAAUCUCUUGUUGCUGCUGUUUACAACAACUUAUGCUUUUGAUGGGGGUACUACAUAUACUCCUCUUUCUGAAUCCAAUGACUCUUUAUCUAGAUUUUUCAUCAAGUUCCCUUGCCCGGUUAUCACACACUUGGCGUACGCUGAUGACGUUAUCAUCUUCUCCAGUGGAGGGAGAUCCUUGCUUGUCCGGCUCAAGUGGGUGCUGGAUGAGUAUAGUCUGGCUUCAAGGCAGCGUAUUAAUUCCCAGAAAAGUUGUUUCUUGACUCACCCGGAGUUUCCGUCACAGCGAGCGGUAGCGAUUGGUCAGAUCCUUGGCUUCCAAAAGCGGGCUUUCCCGGUAUGUUAUCUUGGAUGCCCGCUAUACGUUGGCAGGAGAAAGAAGGUCUACUUUGCAGAUAUAUACAAUGUCGUGGCAACUCGUAUUCUAUCUUGGAGGAAUAAGCUUUUAUCCAGUGGAGGCAGAGUGGUGUUGAUUCAAAGCGUAUUAACCUCAAUGCCGAUACACUUGUUAGCGGCUUCGUCCCCUCCACAGGAGGUGCUGGUAGCCUUGGAGAGACUGUUUGCAGAAUUCUUAUGGGUGUCAUCAGACUUUGGCUCCAAGUACCACUGGUUUUGGUGGAAGGAUUUGUGUAGGCCGCGGGAGGACGGAGGGGUUGGUUUGCGGAGCUUGAAGGGAGUUCAUGAUGCGUUCUCGGUUAAGCUCUGGUAG